GUUUCAUCGUCUCUGCCAUAGGCUAUUAUACACCUCUCAUGCUACUUGGGUCAACAAUGAUGGCUAUUGGAUUCGGGUUCCUAACAAGCUUCACACCAAGAACCAUAUAUUCUGCCUGGAUUGGCUGGCAGGUCAUGCUUAGUAUCGGCAUCGGCCUAGCGUUCCCCCAACCCUGGUCGGCGACUCAGACGGCGCUUGACGCGAAGGAUAUCCCCGUUGGUAUGGCGGCGGUUGGCUUCUCUAUUAGCAUUGGUGCCGCAAUUUCCAUUUCUGUGUCGCAAAAUAUUUUCACAAACCUCCUUCGAGAGGGUUUAUCUAGUGUCCCCAGUCUAGACGUUGACGAUGUCAUAGAGCAGGGAGCGACGGGUUUUCUGAAGAAUGUACCUGCAUCAGAGAACGAACGGGUAAUUGAUAUCUACAACUCUGCAGUCACAAGGGCUUUCUGGGCCGCCGUCGCUGCGGCCUGUGUGGGAUUGAUGGCUGCACUAUGUAUGAAGUGAGAUUCUGUGAAAGGAGCUAAGAAGAAGGGUAUAGUGAAGGAGUAAUUGAGAUAUGUUUAC